AUGGGCGCAGUAGACCCGGGCAAAGCAAGUUGCUAUGCAGGAGGAGUGCUGCUGGGAAUAGGCUGGUGGAUCAUGGCAGACGGGGCAGCCUCUGCGGCCUACCACAACUCGCACAUCUCUUUCGACGCGGUGAAGUACCUGCCCGGCAUUGUCGCUACACUCGCAUUCUUCCUAGUCAAUACAGUGGACUGGAACAUGCUGUCAGAAGACGCUCGCUUUACCUAUGGCUCAGAAGUAGCCACUCGCGCUCGAUGCUUCGUGGUGCUUUGCAUGGCUGUGUCAGUGGCUGCACUGGUAAGUUCCGUGCUCGUGUUCACGCACGCGUAUGUGGGCAACGAGUACAAGGAGUCGACGUGGCCGGGCGUUGCGAUCGUGAUACAGAACGGGCUCAUCGUUAUGGGUACUUUCGUCAUGAGAGCUGGUACGAUCGCUGCAGCAUCGACGUACUAG